AUGGAGAUUUUUAGCGGUGCAUCUAAAGUCAAGAUCGGCAAAGCAAACUUCUCGACCAUUGGUAGGGACCAGUAUAACGACUACACAGUCCAUCAAACCAUCGUUCAGACAGGAGGCAAGAAAAAGAAGAGUGACAAUGACCUACCAGAACUUUCCGAGUUCACCGAAAUCAAACGGGGCGAUAUAUACAAGAGUAAGGAUGCCGGUUACUCUUGGCAGCUGUGUUCAAAUGGGAAAGACGACACGGAGGCAGCUGUUUAUCAUGCAGAAAUCAACGUCACUGGAUCCUUCGGACAGAAGACGUUUACCGUGAAGACGUAUCGCGGGCGAAAUGCGAUGAAGCAAUGGCGGCGCGAUUUUUUACGAUGUUCUAAGGAUUGGCUUGGGGAUGUUGCACUCUUUGGUUACAACAAGUCGUCGGUUCCUUCGUUGAUAUUCUGCGGAGAACUCGUACCGGUUGCACAUAUGGAAGCUCGAAUGGGAUGGGUGGGGAUGUUCUACAUCCAUUUACUGAGAUUCAACUUGGGAUGUGGAAGAAACGAGCUGUGGAUGGACCCAAUCAACGGAAGAUUCUGUCGUGGACCAAUUGGACCUAGAUGUCCUGAUUGGCAGGAUCGAGACUUCCAUCUCAUAGUUCCUUCCGAUGUGGAAUUCCUCAACGAAGAAGUCGUCAUCCGAUAUUUCGCUAGUAAGCAAGAUGUUCGGGGUCUUCUUUAUACGCUUAGUUGUAAUCAUUUUGAAACACUUGACGAUAUCCCAAUUAGUCACACCCACAUCAUCUCCGGUUUGACAGAUUCGAUGGUUGCGUUCACCGAGAAUGUACAGUGGGAUAGUUGGGAAGGUUGUCUUGAUAAAAUGCAAGAGAUGCCGGAUGGAAUAAAAAGGUUCCGUCUCAGAGACGAUCGGCCCAAGAUACAAGUAGGCUCUAUCAACGAACGAGUCACUUGGCUCUCACAAGCGUUGAGUGUCUUUCACGCUCUCGGCAUCUCGAUAGACGAGGACCUUUCCGCCUACAAGUUGGUCUACCCUUGUCUCGAGCUCACAGGCACACUUCAGAGAUCCAAACGCAAACGGCAACGACGCCAAUUACUACAUACACCCAUUUAUUUCGUCAUCCGUCCUUUGUCAAAUCCCGUCUAUCAUUGGUCGUUCGAUCCAGCCGGCCAAACGCCGCUCUCGCGGGACACAUGCAAGUACCUUGGCCUUCCCCUCAAGCUAUCCCUGAAAGUGAUCCCCAUCCAAAUAUCCUGGCCUACCAAGAUCUACAAAGCCAUUCGUGAUUACCAAACCAUGAGGGGAUUUGAUUCCAGAACUACGGAUUUCACAGAGUCUCUUUCAUAUCCUAUAUUCAAAGUCGUUCCUAUCGGACAUGGCAAAGGACCCACAAACACCGCCAAGGGAGCACAAUCCGUGGCGACUCGAAAAACGGGCACGAAGCGUUCACUACUGCGUUCAUUAUUUACCCCUUUCAUCCGAGGGGUUAGAAGUCUGUUAUGUGGGAUUUGA